GCGUUCGUACUGUUCGCACGAUGCUCGAAGUUUUGAAGCCUCUUCACACCGCAUAUCGUGAUGGCUAAACCAGUGAAACGCCAGACCCACUGCUUCGCGCCCGGAUGCUCUACCGGGUACGUUUCAGCCCGAAAGGCAGGUGUAAAAAGGUCUGUUUUUACCGUACCGAACGAUGAGGACCGGCUGAAAGCAUGGCAGCGGUACGUUCCACGUGGUGACAAACUGCUCGACCGAACUGCAGUCCUGUGCGAGUUACACUUCGAGCAGCGGUUUAUUGUGAGAGAUUACACCCACAUCGUGAAUGGUGAAGUUGUGAAGAUUCCUCGCGGCCGCCCAUGCCUUACCGACGAUGCAAUACCGUCGAUCUUCCCAAACACGCCGAGUUAUCUCUCUAAAAAGCUUCGUCAGAAGCGCAGCUCCCGGACAUCGAGAGGAGAAGUGCUCGGCAAAAAAAGAAAAGUGAACGAUGAAGACGAACUUCCUGCGAUGGAGCACGGUUCUUCCUUAGAUGUGACAACGAACGGUGAACGUGUUCCCGGCGCGUCGUGUACAGUGGAAAAACUGGAGCAUAUGAAAGGUGAGAAGCUUCCAAGCAAAUACUGGUCAAUGUGCCUACUUGCGGAUGCCCCGAACGCUGUUGCGUUUACUGUUUGUGCUCAAGAUGGUGAUAGUGUGUGCUUCAAGAAAUUGGUGUUGUGCUCUGCUGAGGAUACUUGCUAUCAUUGUGUAGUGUUUGUGCAAGGGAAAGUUGUAAAAAAAAAAGUGGACGUGUUUGAUGUGAAUGCUGUGGAAAGCCUCCUCCACUCCAUCAACGAGAUGGUUGUGCGCUCCGGUUUUGAGCAAGGUGCUAUUCCACUGGAGCGGCUUAACAGUUCCAAUCAAUCAAAAUACAGAACGCAUGGAAACAAAUUGUACAGCAAAAGUUGCUCAGGCAUGUCUCAAGAUCAAAGGCCUUGUAUACACUGCAGGUAUCUAAGGAAACUGCUUUUGAACCAAGCAUCCUAUAAGAAGAGAAAAGCUAGAGUGGCUACUGGUUACCGUGCUUCGAAGAAACUAAUUAUGUGGGGAAGACGGUUGAGGCGAGAAAAGGCAAAAGUCAGUGAACUAAAACAAAUGCUUGCGAAAAUGAAGCAAAGUAAUUCUGCCCUUUCUGAAUCAAACCUUCAGGAGAGUCUGUCUAAGCUGCCUGAGAAACAGUGGCAGCAGGUACAAACAUGCUUUGAAGCAGCGAAAAGGAAAGGAACACAGGGGAUGAAGUACAGCGAUGAAUGGCUUCUGGACUGCAUUAUAAUGCGCAUGAAAAGCCCAAAGCUGUAUGAGCAUAUUCGAAAGCAUAAAAUAAUGGUCUUGCCCAGCAAGAGUUGUUUGAACAAGUACGUGAGAAAUUAUAAGAGCAACUUUGGGUUCAAUGAUAAUGUUUUUGCUGCCAUCGAAGAAAAAAACCAAAAGUAUAGAUGAGUUUCACAGGCACGGAGGUCUCUUAAUUGACGAGCUGAAGCUCUCGAAGAGCCUCAAAGUGACAAGCAGUGGACUCAUCGAAGGUUUCGUUGACUUGGGCAAAUACACUUCUCUAGAUCAAAACACACAAACGUGUGAUCACGGUCUAGUAGUAUUGUACCAGCCAUUUUCAGGCAACUUUCAGCAAAUCUUAGGGGUUUUCGGCUCCCAUGGAAAUGUCAAGGCAGAUGUGCUUGCAAAGAUCAUUGUCGAUGCAACACUAACUGCCGAGAAGUCUGAGCUUUUUGUGGAUUUUGUGACCACAGAUGGUGCAUCCUGGAACAGGAGUAUGUGGCGACAAUUUGGCAUCAAGGGUUCUUCAAAGUCAGUUGUUUGCAAAGUGAAGCACCCUGCAGAUCACAGCAGAGAAGUCUGCACUUCUUAUCAGACUUUCCGCAUCUUGUGAACUGCGCCCCCAACAGCAUUGUGUCGACGGGUCUCCAGGUGCCCGAAGCAAGGGUCAGGAUAGAUGUUGUGAAAGAGGCAUGGAAGUGUGACAAUAGGGACAUUGUGCGGCUUAAAGCAAUGCCUCGUGUCACAAGAGUCGUCAUCGAUCCGAACGGAUUUGAAAAAAUGAAAGUGAACUAUGCCUUCACUUUUUUCAGUGAUGAGAUGGUCAGGGGUUUGCAUGCAUAUAAGGAAGAGAUCGAGAGAGUAUGGGGCGUUGGCUCUAGUGAUGCAGCAGUGUCAUUUAUCAGAAGAAUGGCUAGGCUGAUUGCAGCCAUGACUUCCCGCUGCAGCCGCGGUGCCAUGCGUCCCAACUCGCCAGUCCUGGCUGAAGUGGAGGAAUUUAUUGCAUAUCUAGAUGCGUGGGAAGGAAACGUUGGAAAGCUGGGCUUCUUCAGCCAGGGUACUGCAGAAGGGCUUCGCGUUACUCUGAAAAGCACCAUGUCGAUUUUCGAAUAUCUCACAAAGGAGCUUGGUUAAAAGUACUUGCUGACAUCAAGACUAAGCCAGGAUCCUCUGGAGAAUGUGUUCGGAAUCUUGCGGCAAAUGUCGGGAAGCAACGACCACCCGACGCCAACCCAGUUUCUGCUUUCGGCAAAUUGUCUGUCGUUCUGCAGUUUGGCGAAGGCACCUGCUAACGGAAAUGUGUCACCGUCAGUGCUGAAGAGCCUCAUACAUGGCAGCCACAAAGACCGGAGAAAGUUCCAGACGAAGCUUGACGAGCUCAUGGACAUAGGGUGUCUCAAUGAAGUACAUGAAAUCCUUGAAUUGUCUGGCAUCCCAACAGAUCACUGGGCAAUGGUUUCGGUAAAAAGCGACUCCCGAGUUAUGCAUUACGUUGCUGGAUGUUUCGCCCGAAGGAUGCUGAGCCAAACCAAGGGCCCUGAAUGUGCAAAAGCCCUUAUCCGACCACGCGAUUCUGAUAUGCCCGCAGAUGCCUGCCUAAUCAGAGAAGUAUACCGGGGUGGGCUGCUCUACCCAUCUGAUGAACUGCAGGCUUUUAUCGAAAACUUGGAAGACUCAUUCGCGUGCUGCUUUAGCUUCAGCAAGCUUAAAGCAAAUAGCAUAAUGGACUUCAUUUCUGCGUUGAUAAGAAACCGGCUAACUCAUCUUGGCUGCGAAAAACAUUCCAGAGAUGUUACUAACAGGCUCGUCAAGUUUUAUACAAUGACAAGGCUGCACUUCAUUGUAAAAGCGGAAAACAAGGCACGGGAGGGCAAGCGACGGCAGCGAAUGCACUAUUUGAAGCUUUGUCGCGUAAUGUGAAUAUGUGUGGAGUUGCGCUUUUAUGUGAUUGUAAUUUAGAGCUGCUUGCUGUAUGAGAUUGGCGAUGUACGAAAAUAAAGAUGCAGGCUGUUAAUUCCCUGAA